AUGGAUGCGUCCGCCUCAGUCCAGGCCCUGGCCGUGGCCCUGCUCUCCUACGCCCUGUACCACCUCGUCCACACCUUCCAUUGGCACCCGCUCGCCCCCUUCCCCGGUCCCCGUCUUGCCGCCCUCACUCGCUUCUACAGAGCGUACUUUGACAUCUCGUGGAAGCACUCCUUCGCCCAUCAUCUGAUCGAACUUCAUAACAAAUACGGAGACGUCGUCCGCAUCGGCCCAAACGAGCUCCACUUCCGCACCCCAGCCGCCUACCUCGAGAUCUUCAGCCCGGCCAACCGCUGGGACAAGGAGGCGCGGCUGUACCACAGCUUCGGCGAGGACCGCUCGUCGUUCGGAUACCUGACCUACGCCGAGGCCAAAGAGCGCAAGGAUAUCCUGUCCCGCCGGUUCUCGCGCAAGGCUGUGCAGGAGGCGCAGGGGGUUGUGCAGGGGAUUGUCAUCGAGCUUUGCAGGACGCUUGCCGACAAUGCCGCCGCUCCCGUUGAUCUGUAUUAUGCGUUUCGGUGCAUGUCCGUCGAUGUCAUUACGUACCUCUGCUUCGCGAAAUCCGUCGACGCCGUGCACGCGCCGAACUAUGAAUCCCCGCUCCUCGUCGCAAUGGACGCCUCCAUGACCGUCUUCCCGGUCUUCAAGCACUUCCACUUCAUCAAGGAGAUGAUCAUGAACUGUCCGCCACGCCUAUCGAAGAUGCUUUCUCCCGCGACGGCGGGUCUGGUAGACCUGCAAACGCUCCUAAAAGCCCAGAUCGCAUCCCUCACAUCCGACCCCAGCCAACUCGAAAAACUCCCCCACAGCACCACAAUCUACCACGAGCUCCUCCGCCCCGAAGCAUAUCGCACGAACACCCAGCCAUGCCCAGGAAGUCUCUACGAAGAAGCCCAGGCCCUUAUGUUCGGCGGCGCCGAUACAACAGGCAUGACGCUCAUGCACGGGUGCUUCUACAUCCUGCAGGAAACGUCCAAGGACAUCUACGGCAAGCUGAAGGCGGAAUUGCGAAACGCCUGGCCGGAUCUGGACGCCGCGGCGCCGAAGUGGGAGGAUCUGGAGCGCUUGCCGUACCUGACGGGUGUGGUUAAGGAGAGUUUGCGCAUGGCGCCUGGCGUCGCGAGUCCGUUGCCGCGUGUUGUGCCGAGCUCGGGGGCGGUUGUGGGGGGCGUGCGUGUUCCUGGUGGUACGAUCGUCGCCCACUCCAGCCACUUCAUCCACAUGGACCCCGCCAUCUUCGAGGCUCCGCACGCCUUCAGACCCGAGCGCUGGAUCGGCGAGAAUGCCAAAGCGCUCGAUAGAUACCUCCUGGCGUUCUCGCGCGGGCCGAGGAGUUGUUUGGGGCUGCAGUUGGCCUGGGCAGAGCUGUACCUCACGUACGCGCAUAUCUUCCGCAAGUUCGAUGUUGAGAUCGAUGAGUCGAGUCCCAAGGAACUGAAGUGGAAGGAUACCUUUCUGGCGAGUUAUCUUGGUCCGCAUCUUAAGGCCUGGAUGAGGCCUGUUACCCGUUGA